GCAGUCGCAGAAGGAGGCUGGUCGCUCCCUGUCGUCGCUCUGUUUGGGGAAAAAAGAAGCUUUAAACUAAAUUAAAAUAACAUUUCCGGCACAUAUCGAGCUUGUUUUCUCUGAAUAAAAGCAGAUGGCGCAGUGGGAGCAGCUCCAGCUGCUGGACUGCAAGUACCUGGAGCAGGUGGACCAGCUGUACGACGACUCGUUCCCCAUGGACAUCCGGCAGUACCUGAGCAGGUGGAUCGAGAGCAUCGACUGGGACACGGCGGCGUACCAGGACUCUCUGGCCACCGUCCGGUUCCACGACCUCCUCACGCAGCUGGACGACCAGCACGGCCGCUUCGCCCUGGACAACAACUUCCUGCUGCAGCACAACAUUCGCAAGAUCAAGAGGAACCUGCAGGACCGGUUCCAGGAGGACCCGGUCCACAUGGCCAUGGUGAUCUCCAGGAACCUGAAGGAGGAGAAGAAGAUCCUGGAGAACGCCAAGAACACCGAGCAGGUCAGCGAGGGCUCCGUGUCGGCCACGAUGGUGGAGAAGCAGAAGCUGGACAACAAAGUGAAGGACAUGAAAGACAGAAUUCAGGUGGCGGAUCAGUACUUCAAGAACCUUGAAGACCUGCAGGACGAGUACGACUUCAAAGUCAACAAUCAGAAGAACAGAGAGAACGACGUGAACGGCUUGUCGGCGAUGGAGCUGGCGAAGGAGAAGAUGACGGUGGAGAGGAUGUGCCUGGACCUGAAAACCAAACGCCAGGAGGCGGUGACGCAGCUCUCCGACCUGCUGACCGCCACCCAGGCGCUGCUGGCCGACCUGAUCUCAGAGGAGCUGCCGGAGUGGAGGCAGCGGCAGCAGAUCGCCUGCAUCGGGGGGGCGCCCAACGCCUGUGUGGACCAGCUGCAGAGCUGGUUCACCUCAGUAGCAGAGAGUCUCCAGCAGGUGCGUCAGCACCUGAACAAGCUGCAGGAGCUGGAGCAGAAGUUCACGUACGAGCACGACCCCAUCACGCAGAAGAAGGAGUCCCUGGAGGCCCGAGCCCUGGGCCUCCUCCAGAGCCUCCUGUCCAGCUCUCUGGUUGUAGAGAGGCAGCCCUGCAUGCCCACCCACCCUCAGAGACCCCUGGUGCUGAAGACAGGCGUCCAGUUCACCGUGAAACUCCGGUUCCUGGUGAAGCUGCAGGAGUUCAACUACCAGCUGAAGGUCAAGGCCCUGUUUGAUAAAGACGUGACGGAGAAGAAAGGGUUUCGAAAGUUCAAUAUUUUGGGAACAAACACCAAAAUCAUGAACAUGGAGGAGUCGAACGGGAGCCUGGCGGCAGAGUUCAGGCACCUGCAACUGAAGGAGCAGAAGGUUCCCGGCAACAGAAACAACGAGGGGCCUCUGAUCGUCACUGAGGAGCUUCACUCGCUCAGCUUCGAGUCCGAGCUGCAGCACAACCAGUCGGGACUCAACAUCAAGCUGGAGGCCAUUUCUCUGCCCGUCGUGGUCAUCUCCAACGUGUGCCAGCUGCCCAGCGGCUGGGCCUCCAUCCUCUGGUACAACAUGCUGACCACCGAGCCCAAGAACCUGAAGUUCUUCCUGAAGCCUCCUCUGGCCCGGUGGUCCCAGCUGUCCGAGGUCCUCAGCUGGCAGUUCUCUGCGGUGACGAAGCGAGGCCUGAACCAGGAGCAGCUCAACAUGCUGGCCGACAAGCUGCUGGGAGCAAAGGCCAAGAGGAACCCGGAGGGACAGAUCCCCUGGGUCAAGUUCUGCAAGCAGCAGAGUGCCAAUGAGAAGGCGUUCCCCUUCUGGUUGUGGAUCGAGGGGAUCCUGGACCUGAUCAAGAGGCACCUCCUCCCCCUCUGGAACGACGGCUCCAUCACGGGCUUCCUCAGCAAGGAGAGGGAGAAGGCUCUGCUGAGCGACAAGUGUCCCGGAACCUUCCUGCUGCGCUUCAGUGAGAGCAGCCGGGACGGAGCCGUCACCUUCACCUGGAUCGAGCACGACGUGCACGACAAGCCUCUGUUCCACUCCGUGGAGCCGUACACCAAGAAGGAGCUGUCCGCCGUCUCCCUGGCCGACAUCAUCCGCACCUACAAGGUGAUGGCGGCGGAGAACAUCCCGGAGAACCCGCUCCGCUUCCUCUACCCCGACAUCCCCAAAGUCAAGGCCUUCGGGAAGUACUACCCCAAACCCUCAGAGUCGCCGGAGCCCAUGGACGUGGAGAACGGCCCGGAGAAGAGCGGCUACAUGAAGACGGAGCUCAUAUCCGUCUCAGAAGUACAUCCGUCCAGGCUGCAGGACAACAUAAUGCCGAUGUCGCCUGACGACUACAAAGAGCUGUCGCAGUACAUCAGCCCCAGAGACGUCGACGCUGUGAUGAAUGUAGAGUUUUCUGACCAGAUCUGAGGAGUUCCUUCUUCGUCUUCUUCUUCUUCUUCUUCGUCUUCGUCGUGUCAUGUGAUCCUCGUGUAACCAGAUCCUGUGACUUCCUGUGAAUAGCUCCCCCUGGUGAAGAACUUCAUCCGGCCUGAAUGGAACAUGAGAGCUGCCAUUUUAUUUCUGUACAUAUAUAUUUCUUUUUAUUGGAAUGUGAACCUUAAACCUUAAAUAAAAUAGUAUUAAUCAGAAUGUGAAUCUUCAUGUUUAUAUCGCUGGGAUCUAAAAUCACGACUUUACAGUUUUAAAGGUUUAAAGUAAGACGCUUGUUACGAUCUCCUGGCUGAUCUUUUUAUAUCUGAGAAACUCUUCAACUUCAGGGGAGCUAACGCCUGUGUUGAUGUGUUGAUGUGUUGAUGUGUUGAUGUGUUGAUGUGUUGAUGUGUUAAAUGUAUUUGAUGAGUUUAAAUAAACCAUGUAGCACUUACAUUAUGACAGCUUUAAAUCCA